CAUCUUACAAAAUCUAUGCAUCAACUCUCUUAGUACACAAAAAGAAGAUAAUAAAUAGUAUGGAAGGUAAAAUGGUACAACAUUUACUUGCGAAUGUAAAACAGAGCUCCAUCGAGGCAGUGUUGUUGGUUUGGUCAGUUAAAUGAGCUCACAAGGAGGGGCAACGUUGGGCAGACAGAUGAGCUUCGACGGGUGGCUCUGAACAAAGGGAUGGCAUCUUGAGGUGGCAUUGGGCAAAGCGAUGCGGGUUGCUUAGCUUAGCUACGCGGGAUUCAAAACUUAGCUGCUCCGUUUAGUGAGCAUGCAGGGAGUGGUGGAGCUGGACAGACGGAGGAGCGUCGCUCGAUAGCGUUAAACAUAGAGAUGACAUCGCGUGGAUGGUGCUGGGCAAAGGAACGUGACACGGGCAAGGGAGGAGGGAUUUUGGGGGAAUUUCGAAUGAAAAAAUGCAAAAUUCAAACCGAGCUCGUUUAGUUAAAACAAAGAGCAGUUACUGUAGCAAUAGAGCAACCACAGUGCAUACUGCUACAGUGGCUGCUCUAUGAGCUUCCUUUUUGUCUUUUAGCUCCCCUCCCUUGUUGCUCAAUUCGUUAUUGAAUGAGAAAGCCCUUGUUGCUCAAUUCGUUAUUGAAUGAGAAAGAGGAAAGAAACAACCCUCAAUUCCAUCAAAGCCAGAAAGCAGAGUCAGAGGCUCCCCUACAGGCCCUAGCCUUCCUUCUCACUUCCACAUUAACCGGUUUUCGACCGAUCGAAGCCCUAAAUUUGUCUUUUCGAAUUCCCAUUUCUACACGCUCAUCGGUCGGGAAGGUUGAUUUCUUAUCGAGUAUAGUAACCGAUUCUGAAGAAGCGGAAAUGCCAAUAAUUCCGUCUACUCAAACCUCUUUCUACUUGGACCUAAGGGUUAGGGUUCGAUGACGAUGAUUUGAAUUUGGAGGUCCUCCACGGAGUUACGUCUUCGAAGGUCUAGGGUUAGGGAAUUGGGGCGAAUGGAUGCUUCCGGAAGCAAUCUCGACACUCCGUACAGGAGAAGAUACGGGUUUCUGUCUGCUUCCAGUAUCAUUCAGGCACCACUCUCGGCGUUGUUGGAGUACUUGGGGCUUCUUCGUGGCAGCAGUACCAGGUCUAAUUACCAAGAGACCGAGGGUUUGAUUCAUGGACGUGUCUCUUCCCUUCAUGCCCAGCUGGACCAACCUACGUCGACGAGUGCCACAAACCACGGGGAGGUCUCCAUUAGGAUAAUCGGCGCAGGGGAGCACGAGCAUGAUGAUAGGGAAGCCGCUGCUGCUGCCACUGCCCCUGGAUUGGUUGUUGGGCAGCAGCACGGUGGAGAGGUUGCUGCUCCUAACGAGAUGGCGAUGGCCGGCCUGGCGUCAGAGACUCGGGAAGCAGAUUCUAGGAUUGACCGUGAUGGCAUGGCAGAGGGAAUUUCCCAAUCCGUAAAUGUAACUGCUGACGGAGAAGCUGUGGAUGCAAGCGCGGCUAAUGGGAGGGAUUCCUCUUAUCAGAGAUAUGAUAUUCAGCAGGCCGCUAGGUGGAUUGAGCAAGUCCUCCCCUUCUCCUUGCUUCUGUUGGUGGUCUUUGUUCGGCAGCAUUUGCAAGGUUUCUUUGUUACUAUUUGGAUUGCUGCUGUCAUGUUCAAGUCAAAUGAUAUUCUGCGGAAACAGACAGCUCUCAAGGGGGAGCGGAAAACAUCUGUUCUGGUUGGUAUUUCUCUUGCAUUCGCAGUUCAUGUGGUUGGCCUUUAUUGGUGGUAUCAAAAUGAUGAUCUUUUGUAUCCAUUAGUGAUGCUUCCUCCAAAAGCUAUACCACCUUUUUGGCAUGCUAUUUUCAUCAUCAUGGUGAAUGAUGCUUUGGUUCGGCAAGCAGCAAUGGCCUUUAAGUGUUUUCUGUUGAUGCAUUACAAGAACAGCCAAGGCCGAAAUUAUCGUAAGCAGGGUCAAAUGCUUACUUUGGUUGAGUAUUUGCUGCUGCUGUACCGUGCCUUACUGCCAACGCCUGUGUGGUAUCGCUUCUUCUUGAACAAAGAAUAUGGAAGCCUCUUUUCAUCACUGAUGACAGGAUUGUAUCUUACUUUCAAGCUCACAUCCAUUGUUGAGAAGGUUCAGUCUUUCUUUGCUGCAUUAAAGGCAUUAUCACGUAAAGAGGUGCAUUAUGGGGCCCAUGCAACAUCGGAGCAGGUUAAUGCAGCAGGCGACAUGUGUGCUAUUUGCCAGGAGAAGAUGGAUGCUCCUAUCCUUCUUCGUUGUAAACACAUAUUUUGUGAAGACUGUGUAUCAGAAUGGUUUGAGAGGGAACGGACAUGCCCGUUGUGCAGGGCUUUGGUCAAACCUGCUGAUCUCAGAUCCUUUGGUGAUGGAUCAACUAGUCUUUUCUUCCAGUUGUUCUAAAUUCUUUUGAUGUAAAACGGGGAGUUUUUCUGCUUUGAAGCCCGGAAUCCUUAUUCAAAGCAACCUUUUCCCAAUCUCUUCAUCUUCGUGGGUAAUUGGACUAUAUUUUUGCUCUGGGUUGCACUGGAAAGUUGAUUGACGUGUCUGGCUAGUAUUGAAUGGCAAUAUGUUCAUAUGUAUUGAGAAAGGCUGAUUAAAUGUUGUAAUGCCCUUCACCCCCCCCCCCCC